AUGCACCUUAAAUAUACGAUUCUUACGCAAAAAGGUUUUCUUGCUCGCCCAUUGCAAAGAAUGAAUCAAUUUUCUCUUUUGAACAAUUUCUCCUCUGUUCCGUCAAAAUAUAGAGAAGAACUCGAUUCUUUUGGGACAAUUAGUGUUCCGGAUGAAAAAUACUGGGGUGCUCAAACACAGCGCUCACUGUUGAACUUUGAGAUCGGUGGGGUGGAAGAAAGAAUGCCGCCCCCUCUUAUUCAUGCCCUUGGCAUUAUCAAGCUUGCAGCUGCAAGAAUCAAUCAUAAACAUCGCAAACUAUCAACAGAGAUAUCAUCUGCUAUCGAAUCGGCUGCAAAGGAAGUCAUUGAUGGGAAGCUAGACGAUCAUUUUCCUCUUGUUGUUUGGCAAACCGGCUCGGGAACGCAAACCAAUAUGAAUGUCAAUGAGGUAAUGGUAUUAGGCUCCCCCUAA